CCGAAAUCCAAACAAAUAGGUCUGCCCUCCGCUGGUCGUACUGUCUUCUACGGGGCACCUGGAGGCAGGUAGCUUGCCGCGUAUACAAUGAUCUUUGUGUGAUCCACCAACCCCCCGAUAGAGAACGCGCGCACCACCACCACGCCCGUUUUAGGAAUCGGUGUUGGGACGCCCGAUCGCUUGGUGAAUGAAAGCACAGCGAUCUAAAUUACGUAAUAGUACGUGCCAUAAUGUAUCUGUGCGCGAUACUUGGUGCGCAUUAUAGCUCGAGGACGUCCCUGGCUUUGUCGUUACUCGUGGUUGUUGCAGCGCGACCCGCAGCCGUAACGCCGCUCGUCAACCUGUAGAUCGCGCCGCGCUGUUCGCCGUCAAAUUCUCAUUCCGACCGCCAAAUGUGCGUGCGGAAGCGUGGCGCUCAACAUGCGGGCAGAGGCUCUCAACUCGUCGUCCUGCACGCCCACCCACAUCACCGCACCUCCUCCUCCUCUCCCUCCUCCUCCUGCAGUGCCGCCACCCCCUCCUCUGCCUUCCCCUCCUUCUAUGAGCUUCUUUUGAGGGAAGACAGCCCCGCGUAGCCUGGAGCCCCCUUCGUUGAAAUAAAGAAAACUAAAUGAAAAAAUACAAAUAAAUAAAAUCUGCCGACACUUACGGAAUGUUUUAGGAUUGGGGUAAAACGCGUGUGAUUGCUGAUUCGGAAAUCGAUCGCGUGCUUCUCGUUUGAAGUGAAUAAGCAGCAAGUCAUGAGCUGCUCUGACAACAACUGAUCGGUUCCUGUGGUCGAGGUUCUGCGCAGUCGAGUGCCGUGUUUUGUGGUUUGUAGAGCGCAAACAAGAUGGUGCGAGUGCGCCUGAUCCUCCUGGUCUUGGGCUGCAUCGCCUCGUUGCGCUCGGCCACCGCUUGCCCGGAGCCCUGCAAAUGCCUGGACAAGUUCGUGCACCAAAUCGCCAACUGCGCCUACAAGCAGCUGGAGACGGUGCCCAAGGGGUUGCCCGCGAACAUAACCUCGCUCAGCUUAUCCGCGAACCGCCUGCGUAGCCUAUCCCGAGACGCCUUCGAGGAGAUUCCGCUCAUGAGUUCCCUGUGGCUGUCCCACAACGAGCUGGUGAGCAUUGAGAAGGGUACCCUGGCCGGCCUGGUACAGCUGCGCAACCUCGAUCUGAGCAACAACCAGCUGGCCGACUUCUCGUGGGAGGACUUGCGCAACCUGACGGCGCUCCAGGUGCUCAAGCUGAACAACAACAAUCUGGUGCGCCUUCCUCGAGACGCAUUCGAGACGCUGACCGACCUGCGAUCGCUGCGUCUCCACCACAACCUCUUCGCCACCAUCGAGGAAGGCACCUUUGAGAACUUGCACGCCCUCUCGCACCUGCUUCUUUACGAGAACCCUCUGCGGUGCUCGUGCAAGGCGCGCUGGCUUCCGGCGUGGCUCAACACCACCUCGAUCGACAUCCCCAGCAAGGAGAAUAUCGCGUGCGCCGAGCCGGACGAGCUGAAGGGGCAAGCCGUGCAGCAGAUGCCCGACGUCGAGUGCGUGGCUCCCACAGUGCGGCUCUCCAGCAGCCCGGACGUGCGCGAGACUCGGCUCUACUCUGACUUCGCGGUGGUCCUCGAUUGCCAGGCCGAUGGCCUCCCCGCGCCCACCGUCUCGUGGAAGCUGCGCAAGGAAGGUGGCGAAAUCGACCUGGGGGUCUUCGACGAGGAAAAGGUCCCCGAGGAAGCGGUCGUCGAGACCAACGACGUGCUGGACAAGCGAGUGAUGGCCUUCAGGAACGGGACGCUGGUCAUCCCACAGUUGAGCGAGAGCGAGGAAGGCGCCUACACCUGCGUGGCGACCAACGACAUGGGGGAGAGCUCGGCGAGCGCUCGGAUCACGCUGGCGAAGCGCGGCGGCUAUGAGCGCGGCAAGGCCAAAGUCAACCCGCUCCUCGUCCCGGGAACGUCGAAGAAACGGAAGUAUGCCUCGUCUCAAGCGAGCAUCACCGACAAGAAAGGCGCCGGGAAGGAUCGCGCCGGCGGCUUCGUCGAGAGGAACGACGUGUCCGUCCACGAUGACAGCGACGACGAUUACGACUACAACGAACACGGCGCGCCCUUCCCGACCCCGGUGAACACGGCGUGCGCGCUCAAGCACGCGGGGGGUUCCUCGCUCGAGCAGGCGCUGAAUGGGACCCCCGUGCCGGCGCUCGGCUACGAGCAGCGGCACCGCUUCGAGUUCGGGGUGAUCGCCCUCGAGGUGUCCGACACGGACGCGCGUGUUCAGCUCACCCCGGUGCCGCGCGGAGGCGACACCAAGCGCGCGCUGCCUGUGCGCCAGGGCGACAGGGGGUGGUCGGCCCUCAAGCAACAGCAGCAACAGCAGCAACAGCAGCAGCAGCAGGCGAACGGCAACCUGGGUGCCGCUGCGAAAUUCGAGAUGAUGUACCUGUGCACGGGCGACGCGCCUGACUCUUCGCCCGUGCAGUGGUCGCUGGUGCAGAGCGAGGUGCACUUCUACCGCUUCCACGGCCUCAAGCCCGGCACGCAGUACACGCUGUGCCUGAGUCAUGCCGGCCAGUCGUGCGAAGUGCAGGUGCCAUUCGAGACGCGCAAGCGCAUCCCGUCGCUGCUCAUCAUGGUGGUGGUGAGCUCCUUCCUGCUGGGCCUCGCCACCAUCCCGCUGCUGGGCGCCGCCUGCUGCCACCUGGUCUACCAGUACCGCGCCAAGACCUACAAGCCCAUGGAGAAGCCGUCGCAGCAGCAGCAGCAGCAGGAGAAGACGGGCAACGGAGGCGGCGUGGCGCAGCCGGCCGCGCGGGUGGUCCCCGGCGACCAGCGGGUUGUGCACUGCGCGCAGCGGGACUCGAUGUGCGACUCGAUCGGUGAAGUGGGCGACCACGCGAGCCUACAGCCCAGCGAGGAGGAGGCGUCCAUCCCGCCCGCGGGGUGCAAGGACGACGCGGCCCAGUUCGACCUCGAGUCGGAGUGCAGCGAUCGCCUUCCGCUGGGCGCCGAGGCCGUGAAUAUCGCGCAGGAGAUCAACGGCAACUACAAGCACCCGGCUCGCUGAGACGCGAGAGCCGACUCGGUGGCGUAGCGCGGUUGGGCAUUGGGGCCGUGGUGGGGGGGGAGCCCUCUGUUCAAUAUUUACCCCUCGUUAAUCCGACGCAUGGGCCCCUCCGCCCCUCCACUCAUAGGGCCCGUGUGCAGUUGCACCGCCGGCACACUCGACGGUAGCUACGCCGCUGAGCCGACCGUCUCCGCUCUGGUUCCCAUCUGUUCUUGUUGUUUAAGAUCGCGCCAAUGAUAUUUUUAAGCAAACAAACAUUUUUUUUUUUAUUUGAAGCUUUCGUGACUGCAGGAAUCCAUACUCUCUGGUUCUUUCGGUAAAGUCACGUAGACGGACGCUUGUGUUGCGACCAAAACGUCGUGUUUUAUUUAAUUUCAUUAUAUAUUUAAUAUCUACGUGAUUUUACCGAAAGAACCAGAGAGUAUAAACACUUCUUUGUUUGUGUCCUUUACGAAAUUCAAAUUAAGAUACACACACAUAUAUAUAUACCACAUACUUGGGCGCUGUUUACUUUAUCAAUCGGCUUUGCCAUGUGUCUCAAAAGGUGACAAUAAUUCGAGUGUACGUAACGGCUGUACACCCCCCCCCCAUCCCAUAUCAACCAGACGGAAAAAAAAAACACCAAGCAAAGCGCGACGCGACACAUCGCACACACUCGGGUGCAUCGAGGCGACAUCACGCGUUUCAAUUCGUAGUCCACUUCAAUUUGAAUAAAUGUACGGUAAAGCCCUCUGCCAAUUCACUUCUGGGUGAGCGGGUCCAGGACCGGUUCCGUUAACGCUCGUCAUCGAUGUCGUUAGGAGGUGGUCGAGAAUCGACCUCUGGAGGUCGAGUUAACAGUGCUGCGCGCUAACCAAACCAUUGCGCCACCGCUCCAUCCAAACGCAUUUUUUAUUGAAGGGUAUACGUUAUAGCCUAGUUAUAAGAGGUGUAGGCUACAGUAAAAAAAAAAACUCAUGGGUUGAUGCUGAGUUCUUGACCUGUUUUUAAAGAGUACUUGUGGUCUGGCUGGGUUGUGUGCAUUGGGGCACAAUACGCCUCUCGUUGCAUGUCGAUCACGACCCAAUCGGGACACGCACUGAUCACUUUACCUGCCAUAAAGAACAGCACAGUUCUUCGCCAGUUUGCUACGCGUGGCAGUCAUGUCGCCAAAGCGUCCGUGUGUUUUUUUUACUACUUCCAUGAGACUUCAGUUUUUAGUUGUUUUGUUCAAUGACACAUAUUUCUGUGUUUUUGCCACUUGUAUUUUCCAGCGGAUGUGACGGAACAUAUUUGUUGUUGAACUUCUUUCGCACCGUACGUAGCCAAACUUCCACCGUACGUAGGUGCGAUGGAAGGACAACAAACCAAACGUAAACAGCAGUUCAAAAGAAAUGAGUUUUCAAUCUCGAUCAUUUGAAAGUGCACAGCUCCAGUGGCUUCCUACCAUCGGAAGGAAGAGCGUUCCAGACGGCCGCAGAGGCGCAUCUGAAAGCGCGAAAUGCCGUGGCCGUCUUUUCAACGCUCCCUGUGUAGUUAAGUGCGCGCGGCUGUCAUUUGGAAAUAUUUAAUUCAUCAUGGAAUAUUUUUCGCCCCCCCCCCCUACUACUACAACCCUUCAAUUACCUCGACAACAGAGCGGAGGGGAGAGGGUGGGGGGUUAUUUUUCAGAGCACAGCCCCGGUUGAAAUGAAUCCCUUGAUCUGUAACGUAGCUUAACGCUGUGGCUUUAGCGAUGUACGCAACGUAGUCUCGGAGUGACAUUCGUGAAACACUCAACACAGGGUUGACUGACGUUGCUUGUUUCGAAUUGCGCUGUGCUAUAGAUGUCAUCAGUCUUUCGGUUAAAGUACGUGGCUCUGUGCAUUCAAGGCAGAUUAUAUAUACAGUAUAUAUAUAAAAAAACAACAGUUCAGUGUCAUGUGUUUUUUUCCAAUGAGCACUUUCGAUGCCUUGACAAGCUCUAGUGAACAAUAUGCUAUGUGAAGCAUAACAUUGAGAAAAAAUGUACGAUAACGUCAGUCUAUAAACAUUUGUACUAGUUCGUUAGACACGUUUGUCUCUCGUGUGUAUUUUACUGUGUGUGUGUUUUUAAUUUAAACAAAAA